GUUUCUACGGGCAACGAUAUUGUAUUGUUAUGGCGAACAUCAUCGAGUGAAAGAAUCCAACAAGAUAAGGCAUAUCUAAAGCUGAUAAAAAGGCGUUAAGCCUCUCAUUAAACUGCUGUAUAUUUAUAAGAAUAAUCCUCAGUGAUGUCUUUACACUUUAGUGCAAACCAGUAUAAUAACGCAUUUUAUCCUGUGAAGUUACAGAACUGGCAAGUGGCAAGAGAAUAUAGAGAGAGACCAAGGGCAUUUGAUGGCUUUACCCAGAUAGUUGCUAACAACAGAGGACAUUUGAUCCCAGGUGUCAAAAGAUCGAGAGACUCACCAUGGGGAACUUUUGUAGGAACCUGGGAUAUGCCACUGAAAAUUCCAGGUAACACAAACCCCACAGCUAGGUCUGGACAUGCAGUAGAAAGUUUACUGAGAUCUAAAACAGAUGGUGAUAUUAUCCUCAGAGGGAAAUUAAAGAGAUGCAAGGUUCCAGACCCGUUACGUGUAAAGGAAGAUACUAAAGCUGAUGCUGGUAUAGGCCCUGGACCAUUUGAAACUCUUUUGAAUGGCUCAGGAGGUAGAUCAGGUGCUAGAAAUCCAGAGCCAAUAUCCACAAGUCCAAAGAUGCCACCAAUAGGAUCCAAACCAAUGACUCCUCAAUAUCGGUCCAAACCACCUACUCCUACACUUAACUGGCCUCACCCACAGUCACCACCUAGGUCUGCAGGAUCAAGAAGAAGUCCACAAUACCUGGCCACAACGAAUUGUGCAGUAGCUGGAACUUAUGAACCAGAUAUGCCAGUGCUGUCAUCAAGAACUCCUAUUAACUGGCCUUCUCCUAAAUCAUGUGAGCCUCCAGUACAGGCAUAGACUUUUUAAAAUUAGUAGUUGUAUACUUGGAAUAACGCCUAGUCCACUGAAAAACACUAAUGGGAAUUACAGACAUAGUUAUGUUAAAAGAAGAAAAUGUUCAGAACAAAUAUGUAUCUUGAUGAAAUUUCAAACAAGCAAAUUUGACUGUUUACAAUUAUUCCACUUUUUAUGCUGUGUAAGUCUAUCAAUAGAAGUAGUUUGUACACAUACUUAAAUAAUAAAUUUUUUGGUGGUUUAUAUUUUAAUAGAAAAAUUCACUGCCAAUUUUUUGUGAGUACAGUAAAUUGCAUUUUCAACUUAAUAGCUUAAUCAGACAUCUUAAAUCAUGAAAAUAAAUUGUAAUUUGAUAUAAUUAUGAUGUUGUGAU